AUGUCGUCAAACAAGGAUAUGCGAAGGGCAGAUCUCGUCAUCCCCUAUGUCGACCCUCCCAGCAACAGUGGCGACGUUGAUAUGAACAGCACCAUGUCGAGUAUGAUGCCAAUGGCUGCGAUGUUCACUCGCAACAGGGUGUCAUUUGUCUUCUCACUUCAGACCUGGCUCGCUGAGUCUCCCGACCAGAAGAAUUCCGCUUCUACCCCGGGCUACAUGUCUGUCGGCAUGGCUGCAAUGGCGCUUGGUGUCACCUACCUCCCUCUUUUCAUGCCCCCUCCAACAGCCGCAGGUGUAGCGGCAGCUACUCCCUCUCCCUUGCCCUUGGCCUGA